GCCCACACGCCCCAACCCUACCUUUACCUUCUUCUCAACAGCGAUUCCAUUCCUUUACAAAUACCCCACCCCUCGCCCUCCCCUCUCCCUUUCUCAAAAUAUUUAACCAAAAGCAACCCCCCCUUCUUUCCUCUUCCUUCAUUUCCCUCCCUCCCUCUUUCUUUCUCUUCUUCAUCUACGUAUGUAUGAAAAAGAGGUUUCAGGAAAUGGGCAAGUACAUGAGGAAAGCUAAAACCACAAGCGAUGUAGCCGUCAUGGACUUGACUCACGGUGUCCGUACACGAGCCAGAACCCUAGCUCUCAAGAAACAACAAGGGGUCAAAGCAUCUCCUCCAUCGUCUCCUGCUGGUUACCUCCAGCUUCGCAGCCGCCGUCUCGAGAAGAAACCGCCCCCAAUUCCGUCAUUGCAUCAUGAUUCUCCCAGAAGGCAGCAUCAUAGGCAGGGUGGUCAGAAUAGUAGUAAAUUGGGUCAGCAGCAGCAGCAAGAAGAAGUAGAAAUCCCUAGCCCUAAUCUGAAAUCGAGUUCCGGGUCGGGUCAAGAAAAAGAAAGGGGAGAGAGUAAAGUGGACAGUAGAGAAGUUGAAGAGAAUAAUAACAGCAACAGUAAAGACUUGGGUUCUUUUGGAGAUAAUGUUUUGGAUAUUGAAGGUAGAGAUAGGAGCACUAGGGAAUCGACUCCUUGCAAUUUAACAAGAGGCACAGAAGACGCAAGAACCCCUGGUUCUACUACUAAGCCUGCAAACCCAACUGAAAGUAGCAGGAGGUUACAUAACUCAACUCGAAGACACAUCCCAACGGCCCAUGAAAUGGAUGAGUUCUUUGGCCCGGCUGAAGAAGAGCAGCUAAGGCAAUUUACUGAGAAGUAUAACUUUGACCCCGUUAGUGACAAGCCUCUCCAUGGACGUUAUGAAUGGGAGAAAUUGGAUCGUUAGAAGACAUUAGCAUCCCAUCAGGACAUUUCCUGCAAGUUAACGGUUGAUCUCGUGCUUACCAUUGUAGAAGUAGCAGGAAUUAGUAGUGGUGUUCAAACGGUGGUGGUGGUGUUAUUUCCAUUUUCCAUCGCCUGUUCUUUUAGUUGUAAAGAAAGUAGGUUUGUCAAGCAUGUGUAGACUAAUGGUCUGUAACAUAACAGGGGGCUAUGGGGGGUUACUCAACAAAAUACAAACCAAAGUCCUAUGUCUAACAGAUCAUCUGAGAGGGGAAGUGAAAAAGAUGUAGAUGUUAGGCUUCAGUGAAUUAGGUCAGUCUCUCUGGUACAGAAAUUUACUAGAUUUUCUUUUUCCCUUAGUACUGUAUUUUCCUCCCCUUGUGUACUGAUGCAACUUCUAAAAACUCUCUGGAAUAAGCAUACGAUCCUUUUCCCCUCUGUAUCUUGUCUAUUCCCCUUUCACCCGCACUGUUCUUUUUUACUUCAACUCUCGCUUUGUUUUAUAUCCAUGUGAGAGUGCAUCUUUUGAUUCUCACCUGGCUUUCGAUAGAGGCAAACGUUGUUCAUCACCGGCUAGUUAUUUUAACUUUUAUGCAAGAAUGAACGGUGGUGGUUGUGGCAGGGUGUAGCCCAAUUUGGAAGAAUCUUGCCUUCUCAUCGAGCUCCACUUUUCACUUCCAUGUCUGCAACUUUCAUACUUUACUGUGCAAAUUUGUGCAGGCUGAAGUUGGUGAAGGUUAGCGGUGAGAAAAAAAAACCGAGGAAAAAAAUAAAAUGGAACCAUGAAAAAAACUGAUUAGAAUAUUAAAAAAAAUAUUCAGUUUGAUUUCACAAGCCUGAACCGUAAAAUCCCAACCAAAGUGAACCGGUUCAGAUGAAAAUAAAAAAAUAAAGGGCACUAUAAAAAAAAAAUGCUUUCUAAUUUCUAACCCUAGCUACCGUUGCUAGCAAGCAAGCCGCCCUUCUCAGCCCUCGCAACUCUCACACUCUCUGACUCUCAGGCUCCCCAACGCCACACCCAGAUCAGAACUAACAAAAAAUAUCAAUCUUCACUCCUGCUGGUAUAUCUUCAAUCUUCAUCUUCAGAUCUAGCAAACCAGCCACCCCCUUCCUGGCUCCCUCACGACACACGCCACACCCAACCUCCAGAUCUAGCAAACCAGCCGGCCGCCUCCCUCUCCCACACCCGACCUUGAAUCUUGUCACACCAGAUUUGUGCAAGAUGAAGAAAGGAAUCCACCCUCAAAUGCAAUGGAUAUCCUAUGUGACUCAAGAUGGCAGAUUAAUGCAUGCUAUGAUGACAAAAAUACACCAUGUUGGCAACGUCUACCACUUCAGAGCAAAACGGCAAAUGGCUGAAAGUUUAGGUCAGAUUGCCAAGUUUAAGCGUCGGUACGGGCAGGAGAAUGCAGAAGAUGCUGAAAAGUGACAUUUUUUUUCUUAUGAUGCAAAGGGCAAUCACUAGGCCUUGCUGGUUCAUAAUGCUGUAAUAGCGUUGACCAUAACUAGUUUGCCAUAGAGACUUCACUCUGGAAACUCACAAACUUAGUUGUGUUCUCUCAGUGCAAUAAGCGUGCUGGUCCAGAAGUGCUUGAACUUUAAGGGCAAGGCAUUUCCUAUAAAAGAAGUGCUGUCACUGCCCAAUUGAAGUUAUUACAAGUAGCUUUCUUCA